AUGGACUUGUCGAAGUGCCAAUCCAUUCUCCAAGGUUGUUCAGAUUUGCAACAUAUAUACCAAUUACUUGUGGGGGUGUCUUUCUCAAGAAUAGACUACAAAGCUGGGGGACUUAACCCACCUCACACACACCCUCGUGCCACUGAGAUUGUGUUUGUGUUGGACGGUGAAUUAGAUGUUGGAUUUAUCUCCACAUCCAACAAACUCAUCUCAAAGUCUAUUAAGAACGGUGAAAUCUUUGUGUUCCCAAAAGGUUUGGUGCACUAUCAGAAGAACAAUGGUGAUAAGCCUGCUUCUGUGCUUUCUGCCUUCGACAGCCAACUCCCUGGCACAGUGUCCAUAGCUGCAGCUCUUAUCACUUCAACACCAACUGUGCCUGAUAAUGUUCUUGCUCAGGCUUUCCAGAUUGAUACUACGAAGGUUGAUGAUAUCAAGGCCAAGCUUGCUCCAAAGAAGACUUAAUUUAAGUUGAGCUUAAUGAUAUUCAAGAGAGAGCAAGAUUCAGUCUUAUAAGUCUACUUUCUCUAUAGUUUUUCCUAUAAUUCUUGAAGGGUUAUGACUCAUUGUAUCAGUAUCACUUAUGGUGUUGCAUUUUGCUCCUUGAUGUGGCAUCGAGUAUAAUAAUAUAAUUGUAUCUCGG